AUGCAUACCAUUAGAGGAAGCAGUAAAUCACUUACUCGUUUCAUACCAGUUAGACCAACAAAUCUACAAAAGACUUUAGCCACUUUAUCAAACUCACAACAAGAAGAUACCAUCGGCAUGACUGUUCCAGCGACUACCACUACCACUACCACUACCACUACCACAAAUAGUCCCCCAUGCACCACAUCCUUACCAAAGAAACUUGCAGGAAGGGAUCUAUACAAUGCCAUCGGGAAGCCCAAAACUAUAGUAGCACCAAUGGUGGACCAAUCUGAACUAGCUUGGAGGAUACUAUCUCGCAAGUAUGGUGCUGAUUUAUGCUACACCCCAAUGUUUCAUGCCCGAUUGUUUGUAACUAGUGAAAAAUAUCGCAAGAGUAUGUUUAAUGAUCAGGAUGGGAACCCAAAGUAUGACCGUCCUUUAAUUGUGCAAUUUUGUGCCAAUGAUCCAGAAAUCUUGUUGCAAGCGGCAAAGUUGGUUGAAAAUCAAUGCGAUGCUGUUGAUUUAAACUUGGGAUGUCCUCAAGGGAUUGCGAAAAAGGGCAAAUAUGGGUCAUUUUUGAUGGAAGACUGGGAUUUGAUUCACAAAUUAAUUGGGAAUCUACAUGACAACUUGUCUAUUCCCGUGACGGCAAAAAUUAGAGUGUAUGAUGAUUACGAAAAGUCGUUGAAAUAUGCCCAAAUGGUGCUAAAUGCAGGUGCCCAGUUUUUAACUGUACAUGGAAGAACGAGGGAAAUGAAGGGUCAAAAUACAGGACUUGCUAGUUGGAAAAUAUUGAGGUACCUUCGAGACAAGUUACCUCAAAGUCAGGUAUUUUUCUCCAAUGGCAAUAUCUUGUAUGCCAAUGAUUUGAAACGAUGUCGUGAAGAGACCAAUUGCGAUGCAGUAAUGUCAGCAGAAGGUAAUUUAUACAAUCCAGGAGUAUUUUGGACAAAAACAGACGACAUUGACAUGCAAUUUCCAAGAGUCGACAAGAUUUUACGUGAAUAUUUUGAGAUUGUCAAGUCAGUUGAUCCACAUCCAGCAUCGCGGCAUUCGAUGAAAUCCCAUUUCUUCAAAUUGAUGCACGAGUUUCUAAAUGUGAGGACAGAACUACGUCCCAUGAUUGGUAGAACCAGUGUGCAUUCAUCGUUUGACGAGUGGGAAAAAAUUGUUGAAGAAGUUGAGCGAAUUGUUGAAAAGGAGGUGUUGACGAUGGACAAUUUUGGGGAGUUGGAUGUGGUUGUUGAUGGAGAGUUGCAAGUGUGGGGUGGCCAUUACAAGACUGUUCCAUAUUGGCGAUGCCAACCGUUUUUCAGAAAAGUUGACGGCGAAAGACAAAAUACCAGAUUGUUGAAAGUUGCAGGAGAGAGCGACUUGAUGGUUACAUCAAACGAGGCUAAAGAGAAGUUGCUUAAGCGUGAAUUAGAAGUGGAAGGAGAAGGAGAAGGAGAAGAGGAGGAUGGCGCUGCAAGGAAGAAAAUAGCAACGUGA